AUGGGACUGCUAUCCCUCGGCACGCCGCUUUCAUGGCCCGACACCAAACCGCUGGCAGAGCACGUGCGAGAGCAUGGCAUCACGCAGUUCCUCCAUCUGUGGGAGCAGAUCAAGGAUAGGAGGGGUGAUGGCUUGCUGUGGGGCGACGAGAUCGAGUACAUCGUGGUCUCUUUCGACGAUGAGCAAGCGGAUGCCCGAUUGUCCCUAAGACAAGCAGAGAUUCUCAAAGUGCUGGCUGAAUCCCAUGCCGACGCUGCCACCAAGCUGCCCGGGGACGCAGCAGCAGGUGGACACGUGCCGACCUUUCAUCCCGAAUACGGGCGCUUCAUGCUCGAGAGCACGCCUGGAGCUCCUUAUGGCGUCACACCCCGGGAUUUGAGGACCGUCGAGGCCAACAUGCGGCUGAGGCGUCGCAUCGCCAGGUCCCACUUGCUCCCUCACGAGCUCCCUGUUACGCUCACGUCCUUUCCCAGGUUGGGUGUGACUGACAGGCCCUUCACAGACCCGCCUCUGGAAGCGAACGGAUCGGCCAGUCGAAGUCUCUUCUUGCCCGAUGAAGUCAUCAAUCCUCAUGCGCGUUUCCCGACUUUGACAGCAAACAUCAGGCAGAGGAGAGGUGCAAAGGUCGCCAUCAACAUGCCCAUCUUUCACGAUGAGCUCACUCCCCGACCCUUUGUCGAUUCGAGCAUCCCAUGGGACAGACAGCUGUUUCCAGAGGACAAGGAAGCAAGGGCGGGCGCAGCGCUGCCCGAUCACAUAUACAUGGAUGCGAUGGGCUUCGGCAUGGGCUGCUGUUGCUUGCAAGUCACAUUCCAAGCUUGUAGCGUGCAAGAAGCUCGAACAGUGUACGACCAACUCGUCCCCGUCGGACCACUAUUACUGGCCUUGACGGCCGCUAGUCCUGCAUACAGAGGAUACCUAGCAGAUGUCGAUUGUCGAUGGAACGUCAUCUCCGCUGCAGUGGAUGACCGCACGAGAGAAGAACGCGGGCUGGAGCCACUGAAGGAUAGCAGAAUGCUGAUGCAGAAGAGUAGCGCCUUUCUUGCCCUUCUACGAUGUAGAUACGACUCAGUGGACAGCUACAUCUCUCAAGAUCCUGCCAAUCGGCCAGAGUACAACGACAAUCCUUUGCCAGUCGAUGAAAAGGUCAAGACUCGUCUCGAAAAGGCCGGCAUCGACCCUCUCCUCGCUACGCAUCUGGCCCACCUGUUCAUUCGAGACCCCCUCGUCAUCUUCAGCGAGAUGGUCGAUCUUGACGAUCAUCAGUCCAUGGAUCAUUUUGAGAACAUUCAAUCCACAAAUUGGCAGACGAUGAGAUUCAAGCCUCCACCACCUGGUGGUCAGAUUGGAUGGAGGGUAGAAUUCAGAUCCAUGGAGGUGCAAGUGACCGAUUUUGAGAACGCGGCUUUCAGCAUUUUCAUCGUGCUGCUUACCCGAGCCAUCUUGAGCUUCCACCUCAACUUCUACAUGCCUAUCAGCAAGGUGGAUGUGAACAUGAAGCGAGCCCACAUUCGGGACGCUGUCAAUACGCAAAAAUUCCACUUUCGAAAAGAGGUAUUCAGGUCAAAGCCGAGACAUCAUGCGCGGGACUCUUCGGUAAGCGGCAGAGGUGGUAGAGGGACGCCCAGAGGAAGCAGAGCACCAAGCCCAAACAGAGGCGCCACUUCGCCGGCCAACGGAGCAGCGGCGUCGUCGAAUGGCGUCAAGAGUCCUCUCCCCCGGACCUCCGCUUCCUCUCGCGCUGCGAGUCCUGAGCCUACUCCGGUCGAAGAAGAGUACGAUGAAUUUACGCUCAAUGAGCUCAUGAAUGGAAAGGACGGCUCCUUCCCCGGUCUGAUCACGCUGGUUUACAGUUACCUCGACUCGCUCACGAUGGACGUCGAGACCCGGUGCGAACUGGGCAUCUAUCUUGACCUGGUAUCGAAGCGAGCCAGCGGAGAGCUUAUCACUGCAGCAACGUGGAUCAGAAAUUUUGUGAGGACGCACCCCGAGUACAAGAAAGAUUCUGUUGUUAGCGCCAAGGUCAACUACGAUAUGAUCAAGCAACUAGACGCAAUCGAGCGAGGCGAAGUGGAAGCGCCUGGCUUCUUGCCAAAAGGCUUCGCGCAGAGAAGAAAAGCGCAGAAGGAUGCCUGAGCUGCGCAUUAAUCGUUUGCACCCUCUCUCCCUGCGCUCGUAGACUUUUUCGCAUCGCCGCUGGCCGCGCGCACAUUCAAAAAUGCUUACUGUCCACGCAUCGAUUGCUCGUUGUUGUAAUGUAAAACCUCCUUUCAAGAAUUCCCAAAGUCAGUGCGCUGCGGUAAAUUCGUUUGCUCGACGAUUUCGCGGUUUGCUUCGCACUUCCAUUGGCACACGCGUGGUAUUUCAAGGGAAAAGCCCACUCUGCUUUGCAGAGCCAUUUGAAUUUCACUUGGCGGCCACGCUCUAAGCAUCUUGGGAUGCUGAGCCGUCAGAGUAGAGAGAGAGCAGAAGGUUCACUCCUAGUCAU